AUGGCUGGUGAAAUAGCAACACCAUUAAUUGCAUUUGGAUGUGCAUUAAUUGUGUUUCUUUUUUUCAUCCUCUGUUUAGUGUCACAUCACAUCCUUUGUGGCCAAAGUAAACAUUCUCAAACUUUUCCACAAUUGCCUCCAAUCGAUUCACAUUUUUAUCCAGCUAGUCCACAUAGUAUGCAUAUAAAAGAAGAACCAUUACAAUGUAUUCAUGAAGAGAUUCAAUUAAAAAUGAAUGAGCCAUCAACAAGUAGAACAGAUAUUGGUGAUUUACUCAAGUCCCGUAUAGAAGCCGCUGAAAAUGAUGAUGAUAAUAAUGAAGAUAAUUGUAAAAAUAAUGAAUCACCUUUAGAAUAUGCAUAUGAAGGAUCUGAUGAAGAACCAUUUCAACAUGUAGAAAUAUGUUCUGAAAAUAACUUGAAUAAAAAUGAAUCACAAUUGUCAUCUGUAAAUAAUCCAUCAGGUUUUGAAUAG